AUGGAGUUAAGUAUGACUGAUGAUGAAUUCUCACAGUUACUUCCAGCAAGUGAUCUUAGCAUAGGAAGUAUAACAAUUGUUGAGAGAGAAGGACAGCUAGUCGGUGAGAGAAACCUACCAAGGGCCGUAAAAAUCCACGAGCAUGGCGAAAAGAUCGAGAGCCUUGAGAAGGAGAUCAAAAAGAAGGAUAAUGAAAUCGUCGCCCUUCAGAAAACUCUACAGGCUCUUCAGGAGAAAAAUGACGAGCUUGAGAGCGCGCUUGACAGAAAAGGCGAAGAGAUCGAUACUCUACAAUCGAGAAUCGACGAGCUGGAAGACGAGAAGACGGAAUUGCAAAGGGAGUUAGGAUCGGUGAAAACCGAUCUCGGCCUUUUGCGAAAGGAAGUUGAUAAGCUGAGAAAGGCGAAGUCAAGCCAGGAUCAAACUAAUUUGAAAUGUAGGCAAGAAUACGAUGGGCUCCGGAGAACCUUGGAAACAACGAGGGAAGAUCUGGAAAAGAAAACAAAGGAGAGCGAAGAACUCAAGCAGGAAGUGAGGGAUAUCAAGGAAUCGCAUCACAAAAGCCUUCUUCCUUUAAGGCUUGGUGCCAGAGCGCAUUCAAAGCCCCCUCCAGCAAUACCGAAAACCAGCGGAGAAGCAUUGCUACACUUAGGCGAAAUGUGUCGUCAACUACAAAUCAAGCUUUAUCGGUUUGUAUUUCCCCGCACAAGUUUUAAACAUAUCAAUUAUAAAGUUGAUGCCAUUCACCGCCAUUUAGACAAGUUCCAAGACCCCAAUGCUCAGAAGAAAUGGAAGUCGAUCCAGAAGAGGUUUCACUGGGAUGAGUUUCACGAAGAGGCAGUCUUCUUACUACAAGACACAAGAAACAUCGAAGCCCAUCCUGAGAUCUCCAAGGAUUCGCUUCAACGCGCCAUAAGCAUAACCGCUCAGUCAAACAACUUGGAAGACAACUGGCUGUCAACGAAGCUCCUACACGAACUGCUUGAAAUCUGGGAGACUGAUCUGUCUCAGUAAAACAUUACUUUAUGUAAAAGAAAUUGUGUGAUCGGAAGAAAUUACUUCUCCUUGAAAUGGGCGCACAGGCCUCGAUAGUAAGUCAUGUAGGUAAUGUUCCAAGCUAAUGUAGGCUGAAUUGAUUUCGUAGUUUGUAUCAGGCGAGAAUUUGUCGUUUCGUAGCUACGACUACGAUAAUGGAGCUGAGCAUUAGGAUGACUGAUAGCAAUACUUUUCUUAUUUUUCUUCCUUAUACUUAUUGAAGUUAAAAUCACAAAGGUCUAUCGACCCAAGGACGCUUUCGCUUUGUCCUUCGAUGUUAUUGAUUAAUGUUACGUUGCAACAAGUGUUGGAUUCGUUAGCACAUCCGUGGGCCAACAAACUAUAUUCCACUAAUUCAACUUAAUGGUUCUAAGUUCGAUCGGUAACUAUACAGUCAGUUAGGAUUAUAUUCAUUUUAGCACGCGUGAUGCAGUACUGAAACAAAGGCUAACUAAACCUCUUUUGAUUACAGUUUUACCUUUCAAAAUUGGGUUGAUUGCAAUUGAUUUGUAGGGUAAGCUUAUCGCAAAAAUCUACAGAGGGAGUCUAGAGUAAACUUGAUGUAGGGUAACCCUUAUAUACUCGCGCAUGUUUAUAUUCUCUUCGCGAAGGAUUCUCUGGCAAUAAGAAACUAAUAAGUAGAGAUGUAUUGAAACGAAAUUGAAUUCACUUUUCUGUCGAUUUGUUAUGGUGUCUAAAAAUUAUUAUUAUUCAGACUCUGUUUUGAAAUGUUCGAUGAAGAAAGUCAAUCGUUAGAUUCAAGGAAUCUAUAUGGUUUCGCUGUUGAUCUCUUAUGCGCUUUAAGUGUAUUGAUUUAGUCGGUUUUUUGAUGCCUCUUCCAUUACAUUUUCUGAAUGUAUAUUGUAGUCUAUAAUCGCAAAAUGAUACAUUCAUUCAUCGAUGGCACAAACAACAUAGUCAUCGUUUUCUCUGUUCCCGAAUAAAGGUAUUCAAAGCACUCGUUUCUCAAAAAUUUGACGCUUCCCAUGUAUUUUCCACAAUUUCCUGUUAUUUGAAUUGCUACACCCCAGAUUUGUUCUGAUUGGUCGGGCAAUGGCACCACAAAAUAACGCAAGCGCUUAGGAAUGUGCUCAGCUAAGCAUGCAAUUCUAUCUUUAGAGAGCAUUCAGUUUCCGAACGGAAUACAUUAAAUCGUAGUAUGAUUUACAAAUCGAUCACAUCCACUCAAAGAACAAAACGGAUAAAGCAUUAAAAAAAUAACACGAACACCACCAGGACAUCAGUUUCUUAGAAAUCGGUUAUAAAGUUCCGUUUGCGCAUGGUCGAAUAUCUCACAAGAAAUAACUGCGAAUAAAAUAGAUCUAACGCUUACGUUUCAUAUAUUUUUGGUUAAUGAUGCCAAGAAAGAAAAAGUACUUGUUGUGGCGACCUAUAGCUAUAAGGUCACAAUACGGGUAAAAAAGAAAACAUUUUCAUCCUUAGAUACGUGUAGUUUUAACACAAACAAAUCAGUCACAUCUCGUUGAAAAGCAUUUGAAUGGAAGAAUAUGCCGCGUCGUGAAUUAUAAAGAGCGACUACCUGCCUACCGUCACGCUGAUGCUCAUAACUCUGACUCAGUAAGAAAGGGACGAGCCGAAAUUUCCGUACCGUUUCGGUAACGGAGAUCGCCGUUUACAUCCUGCCCUCAAUCAUGAUCAUAAAUGAACAACUCCGGCAGAUUACACCGAGCGAAGACUUUGAUCCAAUGGCGGUUUUACUCGAGAUGAAUGUCACGGUAAGAAGAGAACUGUAUCAAGAGCGCGCAAGAAUCAACGAAAUGGUUGUUGGUCAGCACAUUGAGGAUACCGAGUCUCUCAAAAAGUAGAUUGAUGAGAAGAACAAAGAAAUCGAUGAGCUACGUAAAUCAAUGGACAGUCUGGUGGAGCAGAAUCAAGAGUUAAGCGUGGCGCUUAAGUCUAGAAACGAGGAUAUUAAAGCCCUCAAGACGAGAAUCGGUCGACUCGAGACUGAUAAAAAGGACUUGGAAGACGAGCUGAAGUCUGUUACAGUCAAGGUUAGCCGAAUGGAAAAGGAUAUCAGAGAACUGAACGAAGCAAAGACCUCCCAAGAAGAGAAAGACAUGGAACUACAAGAAAAUUUUGACAAGGUCACAGGCAAGCUAGAGAGUAGAAACCAAGUAUUGAAGAAGAGAUAA